AUGUCAUAUUACAACACAACCGAGUUCACCAACCCCUCUGGCCUGGAGACGGCUCAUGUCUGGCUCUCCAUCCCCUUCUGCAUCAUGUACGCCAUAGCCAUCUUGGGGAACUUCAUCAUCCUGUUCAUUGUGAAGAUGGAGCUGAGCCUCCAUGUGCCCAUGUUCUAUUUCCUCUCCAUGCUGGCCCUCACUGACCUGGUUGUGUCCACGUCCAUCCUGCCAAAAGUGUUGGCAAUCUUCUGGUUCAAUACCAGGGAGAUCGACUUCAAUGCCUGCCUCAUCCAGCUGUACUUCAUUCACUGCUUCACAGCAAUAGAGUCUGGGAUCUUCGUGGCCAUGGCGUUUGAUCGCUACGUGGCCAUCUGCCAUCCCCUGAGACAUUCCACCAUCCUCACAAACCCUGUGGUGGCCAAGAUCGGCCUGGUUGUGGUGCUGCGCGGCAUCAUGCUCAUGCUGCCUUAUCCCUUCCUGGCGAGGCAGUGGCCAUAUUGCAGAACCAACAUUAUCAGCCAUUCAUACUGCGAGAACAUGGCUGUGGUGAAGCUGGCCUGCGCCGACAUCCGCGUCAGUAGUUACUACAGCCUCUCUGUGGCAUUAUUUGUCACUGGUCUAGAUGUGUUUUUCAUUGUUGUGUCCUACACCCAGAUCCUCAAGGCUGUCUUUAGCCUCCCCACCAAGAACGCCCGGCUCAAGACUUUUGGGACUUGCACCUCUCAUCUCUGCGUCAUUUUAGCCUUUUACAUCCCAGGUCUCUUCUCCUUUUUCACACACCGAUUUGGCCAGAAUGUGCCCUUGUAUUUCCACAUUCUCUUUGCGAUUGUGUACCUCCUGGUGCCUCCCAUGCUGAACCCCGUCAUCUACGGGGUGAGGACCAGACAGAUCCAGGACAGGCUGCUCCGGCUUGUUCCUCAUAGAAGAACCUAA